AUGAGCGUUGAAGCUGUAAGCAGCCCUUCUUUUUCGGUAUUGGAUACCUGGUUUAUUAGAUCGGUAAACGAAUCAGUGCAAAAAUGUUUACAAGAGGAUAAGGUACUUGUGACUUAUAUUGCAUGUGGUAAUGAUGAUGAAUGGUUGAAGCGUUGGCUACUUCCAAUAUUUAAUGAGUUUACGAAAGAUGAUUGUGUUUGGCUAAAGGUAGUUAUAGGUAGCGAGGAGUAUAGACAGUUCAAAGAGAUGUUCCCGGAUGCAGAUAGCCCAAGUGUAUAUUGUUUAAAACAAGGGCAGGUUGUUGAUAUUUUCCGCGGGGAAGACUGUAUGGAAAGUUUUGGAGACCGGUUUAAAAUUGCUGUUGGGAAGGGUACAAAUAUGCCGGUCAAACAGACAAGUGGGGGAGAAGGGGAAGAUGAUGGCGAUGCGUGUAGGAAAUACCAGGAGGAGGUUUUAAAACAACGUGCUUUUGAAGUUGAGGAGAAAAACCGAGUAUUUAAACUCCUAGAAGCCGAUAAUAGGGAAAGGACGUCGUUGAAGAUGCAGUCGCUUCAGAAGAAGGUGAAUGACAAAAUAGAUGCCGGUAAGGCUAUACGGGCUUCGGAAACCGCUGACAGCUGUAUGCUAUUGAUUAGACUGACAAAUGGAGUAUCUCUUAAGCAUGAAUUUAGGCCAGUAGACACGUUGAACGCUGUUCGGUUAUGGGUAGACCUACAUAGAAAUGAUGGACAACACCCUUACCAGUUCUACAGAAGCUUCUUGAGAGAGACAUUCACAGAUUCGCAAGAAAUGAUGACUUUGAAGGAGUUAGAGUUAACCCCUAGAUCAGCGCUUAUCUUGAAACCAGUGCAGGAUGAUAAGGUGAAAAAUGUCAGAGAUGUUCAGGGAACAGGUAUCCUUGCUUCUGCGUUGAGAACUUUUACUUCUUGGUGGUAUGGUAAUGGGGCCAAGUCGGAGACGGAACAGUCCCCAAGCCCGGAAAAUCCUCAUAAUGAGCCAUCUUCACCUAUGUCUUCAAGAUACGCUUCUGCAGCGAGGACGCCCUUGUUGAAUCACUAUGAUAGGAAUAAUUCCGAUAUCAGUAUACCAUCUAGGCCUGAGUCUGUAGAAAUGCAGAGUCCCGAGGCUAGGAGAAGAAGAGAGCAGGACUGUGAGUCUUCGUCGUACAAUAGAAAUGCGUUAAAUUUUAAAGAUACGUAA